CUGAGGUUUGAGUCCAGUUCUUCUGAAGAGCUCCGGCUGUUAUCAUGAAAUGUGUGGGUGCUGUGCUGGUUUUGGGGAUGCUGGUGGGGGCCUGGGCGAUUCCAGUGCCGGCCCCACUUAUUCAUUUCCCGCCAUGCGACUCUCACGACAUAGAAGAGGCAGCAGUCGUAGCUGUAGACUACAUCAACAGCCACCAAGAGCACGGGUACAAGUAUGCCCUCGCCAGGAUAGAGAAAGCUAAAGUCAUAUCAACGCCCGCAGGUGGGGACACCAUCAUCUUGGAGCUGGAUCUGCUGGAGAGUAAUUGCCACGUCUUAAAUCCUACGCCUAUUGCAAACUGCACAGUCAGACCGAAGACUGCAAUGAGAAUUGAAGGAGAUUGUGAUGUCGCUGUAAAAAAACUAGAUGGAGUUUUAUCUGUCCUGGCCUUCAAGUGCAAAUCUGAACCAGAUUCGAGAGAAGAUUUCUGCGGGGGCUGUCCGACCCUACUCCCACUGAACCACACAGAUGGGCUGGAGGUGGUCGAUGUCGCCCUGGAGGCCCUCAACAGGCAAGCCAAUGCCACUACCUACAAACUGGUGGAGGUUUCAAGAUUGACAUCACAGGUGAUCGGUGGAGGAUUCAAAUUGGAGACUGAGUUUGUCACGGUGGAAACUAAUUUGAUGGAUGACACUAGAGUACCCUUUCAUGGCUUCUGCCAGGCUUCCACGGUCACUAAGCCCCCUACACCUUCAGUGGACUGCAGCUUAUUCCAAAUUCCGCCAGCUCCUGUCGCCCCGGCAACAAACGACACGACUUUACCCGGCCCCCAGGUCCUCCCGGGCCCUGGCCCCCUGGGUGGCCUGCACCACAAGCUGAUCCACCUGCAUGACCCUGCCGCCACUGGCCUGCUGUCCGUAUCCAAAGAGUCCGGGGAGGUCCCGGUGGUGAAAAGGGACGUGCUUGCAGUCCCCACUGCCCCCAGUGAACCAGACCAGCCCACCGUAGUUGACCAGGGGCCAGUCAUAGGAGGCCCUGGGCCCGUCAUCUGCCCCGGAAGGAUCAGGAUCCUCUGAAAACAGGGACCGAAGGCAGAAUCCUAGGCCGUACUGCGUGCUUGUGUUCGCUUGUACUCCUCCUUGAGCUCUGUACCACUCUUUCUCUGAGGAAUUAAAGAAAGAUAUCUUCUCACCGA